AUGGCUAAACGCGUUGCAAUUGAAACAUUAGAUAGAACAUUAAGGGAUAUAAUGGAUCAAGAUGCACCAUUUGGCGGCAAAGUAAUCGUUUUUUGUGGGGAUUUCAGACAAGUUUUACCAGUAGUACCCUGCGCAAGAAGAUCACAACCUGUUAGAGAAAGUUUAGUAAGCUCAUAUUUGUGGAGCAAAAUGGAAAAGUUGAAGCUAUCAAAGAAUAUGAGAGCAAGGACAGAUUCAACAUUUAGCGACUUCCUUCUUAGAGUUGGGAAUGGAGAUGAACCGACUAUGGCUGAUGACCUAAUAGCAUUGCCCACAUUUAUUUUGAUCAAGAAUCAAAGUGAUAAUUUACCAGAAGAUUACCUCAUAAAAUCAAAUUUUCCAUCUUUAUAUGAAAACUUCCAAUCCAUUGACUAUAUGAAAGAUCAAGCAAUCCUGGCAACAAAAAAUGAAUAUGUCGACAUGCUAAAUGAUAGAAUCAUAAAAUAA